AUGGCAAGUCCCACUGGCUACUCGAUAAACGUCAACGACCCCAGCUUGAUCUCGCUGGUCAACAAGCUGCAGGAUGUCUUCACCACCGUCGGAGUUCACAACCCGAUCGAUCUGCCGCAAAUCGCCGUCGUCGGAUCGCAGUCCAGCGGUAAAAGUUCCGUCCUAGAAAACAUUGUCGGUCGCGACUUCCUCCCUCGUGGUUCGGGAAUUGUCACCCGGAGACCCCUCAUCUUGCAGCUCAUCAACAAGCCCGCGGGAUCCCAGACGAACGGUGUCAAGGACGAGAAGUUGGAGACGUCGGAUAAGGAGGCGAAUCUGGACGAGUAUGGCGAGUUCCUCCACAUCCCCGGCCAGCGCUUCUACGACUUCAACAAGAUCCGCGAAGAAAUUGUGCGCGAAACCGAGUCCAAGGUCGGUCGCAAUGCGGGCAUCUCUCCGGCCCCCAUCAACCUGCGCAUCUACUCCCCCAAUGUCCUGACCCUGACCCUGGUCGACCUGCCUGGUCUAACCAAGGUCCCGGUUGGUGAUCAGCCCAAGGAUAUCGAGCGACAGAUCCGGGACAUGGUUUUGAAGUUCAUUAGCAAACCCAAUGCCAUCAUUCUGGCCGUGACGUCGGCCAACCAGGAUCUGGCGAACUCGGACGGCUUGAAACUGGCGCGUGAGGUCGACCCGGAGGGACAGCGUACCAUCGGUGUGCUGACCAAGGUCGACCUGAUGGAUGAGGGAACCGAUGUUGUGGAUAUUCUUGCAGGCAGGAUUAUUCCGUUGCGUCUCGGUUACGUACCUGUCGUCAACCGUGGCCAGCGUGAUAUCGAAAACAAGCGGCCCAUCGCGUACGCCCUGGAGCACGAGAAGAAUUUCUUCGAGAGCCACAAGGCCUACCGGAACAAGGCUUCGUACUGCGGAACGCCCUAUCUGGCCCGGAAACUGAACCUGAUCCUGAUGAUGCACAUUAAACAAACCCUCCCCGAUAUCAAAGCCCGGAUCUCCUCCUCGCUUCAAAAGUACUCCUCGGAACUCUCGCAGCUGGGCGAUUCGAUGCUUGGAAACAGUGCCAACAUUGUGUUGAACAUCAUUACGGAAUUCAGCAACGAGUACCGCACGGUAUUGGAGGGUAACAACCAAGAGCUGUCCAGUAUCGAGCUGUCCGGUGGUGCUCGUAUUAGCUUUGUCUUCCACGAGCUUUACUCCAACGGUAUCAAGGCGGUGGAUCCUUUUGAUCAGGUCAAGGAUAUCGACAUUCGGACUAUCCUGUACAACUCCUCCGGUUCUUCGCCCGCGCUGUUUGUCGGAACGACUGCGUUCGAGUUGAUUGUCAAGCAGCAGAUUAAGCGUCUUGAGGAUCCCAGCACGAAGUGUAUCUCCCUGGUCUACGACGAACUGGUGCGGAUCCUGGGCCAGCUGCUCAACAAGUCGCUCUUCCGCCGGUAUCCCAUGUUGAAGGAGAAGUUCCACGCUGUGGUGAUCUCUUUCUUCAAGAAGUGCAUGGAACCGACGACCAAGCUUGUCCGCGAUCUCAUUGCGAUGGAAGCUUGCUACAUCAACACCGGUCAUCCCGAUUUCCUGAACGGCCACCGCGCCAUGACGAUUGUCAAUGAGCGUCAGCAAGCCUCCAAGCCUACGCAGGUUGACCCCAAGACAGGCAAGCCUCUGCCUCCUCGCGCGAACAGCCCCUCGGUGGAGAUUCCCCAGGAGAGCAGUGGAUCUGGAUUCUUCGGCAGCUUCUGGGCCUCGAAGAACAAGAAGAAGAUGGCUGCGAUGGAGCCUCCCCCACCGACGCUCAAGGCCUCUGCCUCUUUGUCGGAGCGCGAGAGCACGGAGGUUGAGGUUAUCAAGCUUCUCAUCACAUCGUAUUUCAACAUCGUGAAGCGGACUAUGAUCGAUAUGGUCCCCAAGGCCAUCAUGUACACUCUCGUUCAAUUCACCAAGGAUGAGAUGCAGCGCGAACUCCUGGAGAACAUGUACCGCAACAACGAGCUGGAUGACCUGCUCAAGGAGAGCGACUACACGGUGCGGCGACGCAAGGAAUGCCAGCAGAUGGUUGAGAGCCUGUCCCGGGCCAGCGAGAUCGUCAGCCAGGUGCAGUAG